UUUGUUUUAGUUUAGUUUGCGCGCUGUUCGCGUUCAUUGCUCCGUUCCGAGUCACAUAAAAUCGCUUGCGGCAAAUUAAAUAACUUUUGCUAUAUUAAAACAUAUAUGUAAAUCGAAUAGAAAGCAUUUAGUAUAUGCAUGUGCGUAUACCUAGAUUAUAUCAUAUUAAACGACGCGAGUUGGCACCAACAUGACAGCAGUUCCAGCGGCCGGGCAGCAAAUUGAACUCAAUGAACAACUGCAACAACACGAACUGCCGAUGGACGUGCGCAUCAAUAUGCCCUGGGGCUAUGUGGUAGGCCGCUGGUAUGGCAAUCGACAGGUACGUCCCAUACUCGCCCUGCACGGCUGGCUGGACAAUUUGGGCACAUGGAAUGAGCUGCUGCCGCUGCUACCCAAACACCUGGGCGUCCUGUGCAUUGAUCUGCCUGGGCAUGGGUUUUCGUCCAAGCUGCCGGAGGGGAUUGCCUAUCAUUUUGUGGACUACCUGUGCGUGAUACUGCGCAUUAUGGAGGAAUAUGGCUGGCAGAAGGUGUCGCUAAUGGCGCAUUCGAUGAGCGCCAUGUUGUGCUUCAUCUUCGCCUCGCUCUAUCCGCAUCGCCUGGACAUGCUGAUCAGCAUUGAUAUUGUGAAGACGCGCUACCGCAAGCCACCAUCGCAGAUAGAUUACCUGCGCACCAACAUCGAGCGCUAUAUGGUCGAGGAUGAGCGUUUCGCCAAUGCGAAGCGCGAGGAGCCGCCAGCGUACACCUGGCAGGAGCUGGAGUAUGUGCUGCACAAGGGCUCGGCGGGCUCGGUGCCGCUUGAGAAUUGCCACCACAUCCUGCACCGCAAUGUGGCCAAGUCGACCAAGUAUCCGGACAAGUACUACUUCUCCCGCGACGGUCGCUGCAAGUAUUACUUCGAGUUCCACACGAGCCCACCCUUUGCCGCCGAGCUGGCGCGCACCAUACGCAACGUGCCCUAUUGUGUGAUCAAGGGCUCCGAGUCGAACUUCAUAGACGGCGAAAGUCAGGAGGUUAUUGACAUACUGCGCUCCAAUAAUCCACACUUUGAGCUGCACGAGGUGCACGGCACACACCACGUGCAUCUGAACAAUGCGAAGGGCGUUGCCGAAAUAAUCAAUCCAUUUAUAAUGCAUCACAGACCGCCGCAUCUGGAGACGUGGACGGUGGAUGAGCAAGAAGAGCUGCCAGAGGUCGUACAGAAGUUCGCGCUGGCCGUCGAUGAGGCCGAGAAUGUGAAGCGCAGAAAGAGAAAAAGCAACCUCUAGCUGUUGCACUCAUCUCUGAGUCGUUGACAGCGCGACACGCUUGACACCAGAACAGAAUUUAGUUAGAACCUUAAAUCAAUCAAAUCGUAGUUAAGCAGAAAAAGAAAAUCAUAAUUUAAGCGUCAAUAUAUUGAUUAU